AUGUCCCGCAAAGGCGUCGGCCUCGCCGCCUUUGACCGCUCCCGCCUAACAUCCGCACACUACGCAUCCCACGGCUCCUCCCUCCGCGCCAGCAACGCGCAAGCCCUCGAGACCCAGCUCGCCGUCUUCCGCUCCCUCCUCCAACAAUUCGCAAACACGCACGCCCGCGAUAUCCGUUCCGACCCAGCCUUUCGCGCCCAGUUCGCUCGCAUGUGCGCCGCCAUCGGUGUCGAUCCCCUCGCGAGCAGCAACAACAACACAGAAGGAGGAGGGGGCUCGUCUUCUAUUUGGGCGCAGUUGCUUGGCAAGACGGUUAAUGAUUUCUACUUUGAGCUUGCUGUGAGGAUUGUAGAGGUUUGCGGUGCUACAAGGGGUGAGAAUGGUGGGCUUAUUGGGCUUGCCGAGUUGAGGGAGCGUGUUGCUGCUGGUCGCAUGGAUGGUGCAGACCCCAUAGCCGAUGACGACGUUCGCCGCGCUGUGCAGACCCUCGCGCCCCUCGGUGGUUCCUACGCAGUUGUUAAAGUCGGUCGCAAAGAGUAUAUUCGGAGUGUGCCCCGCGAGCUCAACGACGAUCAGGUCGCUGUCGUCGAGGCAGUUCAGGUCUUGGGCUAUGUGAGCGUGGGCAUGCUGAGCGAUAACCUGGGCUGGGACCGCGCACGAGCAAAGACCGUUAUCGAUGAUCUUGUUGCUGGAGGGAUGCUGUGGGUGGACAAGCAGACAAAGGGCGAGUGGGAGUACUGGAGUCCAGGCUUCAUGGCCGACGCAGGUGGUGCCGAGGAGGGAGGAUGA